GACAGAAGACAUGGGCUAAUUCUGGUUUCCUAAUCCUAGUCGCAGCCCCCAUCCCCCUCUUCCUCCUUUCCUCAUCGCUAUCCCAACAAUGGAGUGCAAGUUAAGGUAGAGGAGCAGCUCGCUGACUGUCAUAUGUACACAGUGGUUUCGAAAAGGAAGAGAAGAGGUGGUGAAGGCAGGUGUCUUGUGUUUCACCCUGAGCAACAGGUGACAUACUGGAUAGUAGCUCGCCGUUGAUUACCUGUUGGCUUUACCAGAGAAUGUAGCUGCAGCCUUUCAGCUACGCCACACAACACACACCGCCAUGGGAGAAGCUCAAAAGGGCUUACUCUCGGUCCUCCAGAAAUUGAAGGGGAGCAGUGGAAUUGUUGAGUUAAGGAUUGUACUACUGGGUCUGGAUAAUGCAGGCAAGACCACCCUACUGAAGAGCCUUGCCUCAGAAGACGUCAACACCAUCACACCCACACAGGGCUUUAACAUAAAGAGCGUGGCCUCACAUGGCAUGAAGCUGAACGUAUGGGACAUUGGUGGACAAAGAAAGAUCAGGCCCUUCUGGAAGAAAUACCUUGAAAACACCGACCUGCUGAUAUAUGUCAUAGACAGCGCAGACAAGAAGCGUUUUGAAGAGACGGGACUGGAGCUGGAGGAGCUAAUUGAUGAAGAGAACCUGAAGGGUGUGCCAGUGCUCAUCUUUGCCAAUAAGCAGGACCUGGCCACAGCCUCGCCUGCCAGUGAGAUUGCUGAGGGACUAAACCUGCACACGUACCGGGACCGCCAGUGGCAGAUCCAGGCCUGCUCUGCUGUAUCCGGGGAGGGAGUACAGGAUGGCAUGAAUUGGAUUUGCAACAACAUUGUAAAUAAGAAGAUAUGAACCACCAACACUACUGCACCAAUCCUCCUUUUAACAAUAGAGAAAUACAUCCAUCUCUUUUAUUUUUACAGAGGUUAUUUUACUACUGCAAAGUGAAUGUGAUGUACCUUAUUUAUAACAAUACUCAAGUUAAAGAAGAAUAUUGCCCCUAUAAGUUUUACAAAUUACUUUUUUAUUAUUUACAAAAUAUGUGAAUAUGCUUUCAAGAAGUUAUCUCUUGACUUAAAUUGGGUGUAUUCUUUACAUUUGACUUAAAUGGGAAUCAUUGUUUUCCUAUUUGUAAUAUAACACAAUCAAAGCAUAUACAUAGUCUUAGUGGUGGAGUCAGUCAGUCAGGUCCUUAAACACUAACCAAGGAACUGUACAGAACAUAUUUAUAAUUUGCGUUAUGUAAAGUUAGACAUUCUAGACAUUAAAAGCACUAAUUAUUUGCUUCCCA